UUUAUACCGGCCGAUGUUGUUUUGCCAUUUAAAGGCAUGGAAGAUGAGAAAACUUGAGUAUCGCAUGUUGUGUUUUCUGAUGCCGUGUAUUUCAAUAAGUCGCUUGCAUUCACCUGGACUCUCUCCCACCCAAUGGGAGCAUAAUUCUGAAAAUGGACAUCGGGGCUGUAAUCCAGUUCUUUGCUUUGCCCGAACGACGUUUUUAUUUAAAACCAAAUUGUGAUUCAUGAGGGUAAACUAUGAGGCGAGGACUGAUAAUAGCUGUUUGGAUUAAGACGAUGAGCAGUAACUUGUGUCUUUGCCAGUUCGAGCUCCUGAGUGUGUUUGUGCAGGAUGAAAGUCUGGAAAGUGACUCUUAACGUCUCCUCUAAUGCACUGUAAUAAAUGGCUCAUGACCCAACCCCCAUUUUCCCUCAUGGGUUCGGAGAGGGAGUUUUUCCAUAUAUGUCGACUUCCACGUAUUUUCCACUUCAGCAUCAGUGUUGACAUUAGAGCAGCCUUCAUCCAGCUCACUGGCCUGGUUCUCAUGCUGCAUCCUGGGCCUGGAAACAAACCCAUGCCGCCAUCCACCAACCAGACUGAAUCCCGUCCCGUCCUGGUCCGUCCCUGUUGAAAACCCUUGUUGUUGACUGGCCCGGCGCCUGCCUUCCUAUCGUCUCUCUCCACGAGACCAGACCUUCUCGUGCAGGCUCGGCCCUGAGUGCCCCCCCCCCUAGCCCCCUUAUCCUGCAGUCAUGGGGAUCCAGGGCAUGGAGCUGUUUGCCAUCGGAGUGGUCAUCAUCCUUUUCAUGGCAGUUCUCAAGCAGUUUGGCAUCCUGGAGCCCAUGUCCUCGUUUGAAGAGAGCAGCGACAGUGACUUGGAGCUGUCGACAGUGCGUCACCAGCCGGAGGGGCUGGACCAGCUGCAGGCUCAGACCAAGUUCACCAGGAAGGAGCUUCAGUCUCUGUAUCGAGGCUUCAAGAAUGAGUGUCCCAGCGGGCUGGUUGAUGAGGAGACAUUCAAGACCAUCUAUUCUCAGUUCUUUCCCCAAGGAGACGCAACCACCUACGCUCACUUCCUGUUCAACGCGUUUGACACCGACAGAAACGGUUCGAUCCGCUUCGAGGACUUUGUCAUCGGCCUCUCUGUGUUGCUCCGAGGUUCAAUCACUGAGAAGCUCAACUGGGCCUUUAACCUCUACGACAUUAAUAAGGACGGCUACGUCACCAAAGAGGAGAUGCUGGCGAUUAUGCAAUCAAUCUAUGACAUGAUGGGGAGAUACACCUACCCGUGUGUGCGAGAUGAAGCGCCGUCCGAACACGUGGACAAGUUCUUCCAGAAAAUGGACAAAAAUAGAGAUGGUGUCGUGACCAUUGAAGAGUUCAUUGAGACCUGUCAGAAGGACGAGAACAUCAUGAACUCCAUGCAGCUCUUUGAGAAUGUGAUAUAAGGAAUCAAGAUGUUUUUUUUUUUCCAUCCGCCCUCGUCCACCACCGACCCACAAGCACAGCACACCCAUGCCGAUCAAAACUCCACACGAACGCAUGACAUCCUGGCGCAUGGUGUAGGUGCUGUAAAGUGUUCUCUUUUUCUCAUCUUUUAGCUGUAUCUUCCACCGACAUCUGGAUUCAAAAAGAACUGUUAGAGACUGAAGAAGAGCUUCCUGGGUCAAAUUCCCAUCUAUUCAGUUGGUUUUUGAGCUUCUUGUGUUUUCAUCGUCAGACAAAAAAGGUCAACAACCAGCCAGGAGGAGAGAUACACACCAGGACACAAGCUUUAACACCUCUACACCUUGUCUUUCUCUCUGAAACACACUCACACACACAUUGUUUCUCUGUCAUACACACUCACAUAGAUUAGCUUGAGUUUUCACACUGGAUGAAGUGAACAUAGAGAAGCAUGGCGGGGGGGGGGGCACAGCAGACAGAAAAAAAGAGGAAUGAAUUAAAAGCAUGUUUGUCCUCAAAUAUGUGAUGUGGAGUAAGCUUGCACUACAGUUGUAUGACUAUGUAUUAUAUGUGCCUGAAAUGAAGGGCACUGUAAAUACCUGCACCUGAUAUACCACUGAGGGAAACCAGUGUGUAUGUAUAUAUGUAUAGUGAAUAGUUGUAUAUCCUACAUUGUAUUGGUCUCCUCUGUACUGCAGUAGCUGAUGGAAUAGGACCAGAACUGCAAAUCUCUGUGUUAAUCAGUUUAACAUUGUGUUUAGUGGCAGUUCUUCACAGAAUUUAAAAUGCGUUAUUCAAAGAUUUACUCUUUUUUUGUAUUUUGUCCGAUUCUUUUUAGCUGGUCAGAUGAAGUAAAGUGAGUCUGUGCAAUACAGUAAAGACACAAAGGGACUGUUAGAGUGUGAUCUUUCCUGCUGAAUUAAGGCUUUAUCUUGGUUCCUGGGUAUCUACGAGCAUGCUGACUUUAAGUGCCACAGUGUUAUGUACAGUACAGUAAGACCCUUUGUGAUGUCAGUUCAUUAAAGAUGCUGUCGAAAGCUACAACCUCUCAUUUUUAAUGCGUCCCUCGCUACUUCCCUCCUGCACUCGCAUGAUAAAGCAGCAUAAAUGUGGGUGAACAAAGAGUAAGUGAACCAACAAGCGUACAACAGCACAACCAACAAUUAAAAAGAUAAAUAAUAAGUUGUUUUUUUAUAAGUGUAAAGAAGAUUUCAUUUAUACUUCAACUUUCAGGUGACAUUACCCUACUCAUACUCGUCUGAGUGGUGAGUUCCCCCAAACAGACAUCUCACCCCUGUUAGAUGAUUUCUUUUGAGUGAGGCCCAAAGAGGUCAGGAUAUCUCAUAUUUCACACAAAGCAAAGAUUUGAAGAGAACAAAUGUGGAGCAGAACUUUUUAUUUUUUAAUCUUGUGAAUCUUUGGAGGGACCUGACCCAGAGGCUGGGAACCACUGAACUAAAAUAUCAGACUGUACAGUUUUUUGCGUGACUGUUGCCAAUGUGUGUUACUUCUUUUUUUAUAUAUAUAACCAGAUUUUUGCACCUUCCAUUACCAAAUUUAAGGUUUAACUUGUGUUUGCACAAUCACUGUUCUCUGUCACUUCAAAUGUACUAAUACACAUGUGUACAAACACUGUGCAGGUACAUUUCACACAUUUACUGGUACUGCCUGCCAGGCUACACCAGCAUCAAUGUUUGGUGCAGCCGUUUGUUCAUGCACUCAGAUAAAGGCAGUGCAGCUGAACACACAGCAGA